AUGGCCACAGAGCGCGAAGACAUCACAUGGGCAACCCAAAACUCAAGAUGUUCCGAUCGCUGCAACCUCAAGCGAUGCGUUGCUCCAGCCGUUCGGAGCUUUUGGUUCAACUCGAGCUCGGAAAGCUCACGACGUGGACAAGGCCAUCAUACCCAACGCCAAUUGUCACCAUACACGCCACUUUGCCAGUCUCCAGCCACCAGAGCAGCGCAUUCAUCGACACUCAAUCACGAAAUCACUUGGCAGCGAUAUUUUUUCACCGCUCCUGGACGGACUCGGCAGCGCACGCCACGCUUGAUACUACUUCAAACACUGAACACUGAACACCGACCUCUCCCCAACGCACCCGCCUCUCGCAGCCAGACCACGAGGGCCCCCAGCACCGCAGGCCAGCCAGGGCCAGAAGCCCACACCAUGGCAGCGAUGACAGCACACCCCUCGCUGGCGCCGUCCCGCGCCGCCCCCGACCUGGCCUCGCACACCGAGCCGGCGGCGACCUUCGACUUCACGCCCUUCCUCCGCGCGACGCACCAGCACGCCCUCGCCGCCGACUCGGCGCCCGGCGGGCAGCCGGCGCACACGCACGCGGGCCGCGGGCCGUCGCUCGUGUGCAAGCACUGGCUGCGCGGGCUCUGCAAAAAGGGCGCCCACUGCGAGUUCCUCCACGAGUACAACCUCCGCAAGAUGCCCGAGUGCAACUUUUUCACGCGCAACGGCUACUGCUCCAACGGCGAGGAGUGCCUCUACCUGCACAUCGACCCGCAGUCCAAGCUGCCGCCCUGCCCCCACUACGACAUGGGCUUCUGCCCCCUCGGCCCCGCCUGCGCCAAGAAGCACGUCCGCCGCGCCCUGUGCCUGUUCUACCUCGCCGGCUUCUGCCCCGCGGGGCGCGACUGCCGCGACGGCGCCCACCCGCGGUGGAGGAAGGACCUCGAGCGGCCGAAGCUCAAGGUCGAGGUCCAGCGCGAGGAGGAGGAGCUCAAGCGCCAGGAGGAGCUCGAGAGGCAGGCCGCCGGCCUCCAUGAGCCGCAGAGAGAUAUGCGAGACGACAGGGGCGGCUUCGGCGACAGGGGGGACAGGAGGCAUGGCCACGGGGGCAGGGGCGGCGGUGGUGCGGGCGGCGGCAAGUGGCGCGACCGCGGGGGAGGUGGAGGCGGCGGCAGGCGGUUCCGCGGUCGUGGACACUGA